AUGGUCAUGCAUCUCUCGCAGACCUUGGAAGAAGCCCUCGACGCUUCAGAUAAAUUCAUCCGAGUCGAGGAAUGGAAUAAGGCAAAGCUGCAAUCUCAGUCAGGGCUUGCAAAGCCAAAAGGGCAGCCAGCCAAAGGUCCAAGGUCGAGGAAAGGGAAGGCAAAAGCCUCAGAAGCUCCCUCGACCGCAAAGCCGAAGAACGAUAAGGCUCCCUAUUUGGGAAAAUUCGAAUCUUACACCCCUCUCACAUUACCACGUACUAAGAUCUUUAGUGCGACGAGGGAGGAGGGAAGAUUCAAAAAGCCGAAGCCACCUCCUUCUUGGCAUCAGAAGAAAGGGAAGGACCAUUGGUGUGAGUUCCACGAAUCUCGUGGGCACCGCACAGAGGACUGCCUUCAGCUGAAGGACCAGAUUGAAGAGCUGGUCCAGAAAGGGUACUUAAAGAAAUAUGUCGCGGAGCGUCGCGAAGAAAAGAAAGCUGAGAAAGACUCUCGGCAGGAUCUGGACUACCACCGGAAAAGGGACAGACCUCCCGAGGGAGGAAACAAUGACAUCCUAACCAUUGCCGGGGAUAUUUCUUGGAAUGCACUAAAGCGCCAACUGAGGGGUCUCACCCAUCAGAUUCAUCAUGCUGAAUUCCGAAAACCGCAGUCUCUGGUGCCGAACAUGAUGUUCACAUUCGAAUAUUGCAGGGGGGUGGUGUAUCCCCAUGAUGACCCACUGGUUAUCAUGACAAGCAUCGCAAACCACAACGUCUAUCGGACACUGGUAGACGGGGUCAGCGGGGCGAAUAUACUUUUCCGAAAGGCAUUCGACCAGCAGAAGUUAGAGAGCAAGCACUUGACUCCUGUUCCAAACCCGGUUACUGGGUUUAACGGCUUCCUUCAUAUCCCGAUGGGAAAAUUCUUCUUCCCGUCAGCCUUGGCCAAGACCAAGCAAGACAAAGCAUCAUGGCCGAAUUCUUGGUCAUCGAUGCCCCAUCAGUUUACAACGUCAUUAUGGGGAGACCCCUCAUCCAUGAUGUUCAAGGAGUCGUCUCGACAUAUCAUCAAGCAAUGA